ACAGACAGCCAGAGCGGCACAGAGACAGACAGAGGUAGAGCAGGGGCAGGAGACGCACCACUCCAUCCGGCAACCAUGACAACCGAGGCAAGCGCGCGCCAAGCCCUCGUACCCUCACGCCACCGAUAACACGACCCGGAACGCUUCGUCCGUUCGGGUCCUUUCACCUGGGGUUAAUUCUGCUCUCUCCUGCCGUUCAUCAGGGUGGGCUGAACCCGGAUCAAAGCCGACAGCCGGAGACCCGUCGACGGAGUCCCCGAGGUGGGCUUAAUAACGCUCAAUGGUCCUCCUCCGGAGCCAACGACCUGCCGGCAGACUCGGAGACGGAAUUGUCUUGAAAACCGCCCGCGAGACCGAGGAGACAAAACAUGUAAGCCGCAUGACACGGGCUUUAUCUGGACUUGAGUCCACAUGAACCCCAUGGCGCAGCUGUACUACAACAAGGCCCGUAACUCCCCGUACCGCGAUCGCAUCCCGCUGCAGAUCGUGAGGGCGGAGGUUGAGCUGUCUGCCAAGGAACGAGCCUACCUGACGGCGGUGGAGAAGGGAGACUAUGCCGGAGUUAAACAGGCUCUUGAGGAGGCCGAGAUCUAUUACAACAUCAACGUCAAUUGUCUGGACCCGUUGGGCCGCAGCGCGCUCCUCAUCGCUAUUGAGAACGAAAACCUGGAGGUGAUGGAGCUGCUGUUGAGUCAUGGCGUGCACAUGGGCGACGCGCUCCUCUACUCCAUCCGCAAGGAGGUGGUGGGAGCCGUGGAGUUGCUGCUAUCCUACAAGAAGCCAAGUGGAGAGAAACAGGUUCCUUCUCACAUGAUGGACACACAGUUUUCGGAGUUUACGCCCGAUAUCACACCAAUCAUGUUGGCUGCCCACACUAACAACUACGAGAUAAUCAAGCAAUUAGUUCAACGAAAGGUCACCAUCCCGCGACCACACCAGAUCCGCUGCGACUGCGUGGAGUGUGUAUCGAGCUCCGAAGUGGACAGCCUGCGGCACUCCCGUUCACGUCUAAACAUCUACAAAACUCUUGCCAGCCCCUCUCUUAUCGCCCUUUCCAGCGAAGACCCCAUCCUCACUGCGUUCAGACUGGGCUGGGAGCUGAAGGAGCUCAGUAAGGUGGAGAAUGAGUUCCGGCAGGAGUACGAAGAGCUGUCGCAGCAGUGCAAGCUUUUUGCUAAAGACUUGCUGGAUCAGGCCCGCAGCUCCUGUGAGCUGGAGACCAUCCUCAACCAUCGGGAUGACCACAGUGAAGAACUGGACCCCCAUGAGUGCAGAGACCUGGCCAAGCUCAAGCUAGCCAUCAAAUACCACCAGAAAGAGUUUGUAGCUCAGCCCAACUGCCAGCAGCUCCUGGCAACACUGUGGUACGACGGCUUCCCAGGAUGGAGAAGACGUCACUGGGCUGUGAAGCUUGUCACUUGCUUCAUCAUUGGCCUGCUCUUCCCUGUCUUCUCCCUCAUAUACCUUCUGGCUCCAAAGAGCACCCUGGGAACCUUCAUCAAGAAACCUUUCAUCAAGUUCAUCUGCCACACUGCCUCCUACCUGACCUUCCUCUUCCUCCUCCUCCUCGCCUCACAGCAUAUCGUUCAGACUGACCUGCAUGUACAGGGACCUCCACCCACUAUUGUAGAGUGGAUGAUCUUACCCUGGGUUCUAGGCUUCAUCUGGGCCGAGAUUAAAGAGAUGUGGGAUGGCGGUUUCACAGAGUACAUCCAUGACUGGUGGAACCUGAUGGAUUUUGCAAUGAACUCUCUCUACCUGGCUACUAUAUCUCUUAAAAUGGUGGCCUACUUUAAGUACAACAGCUCUCGUCCUCGUGUGGAGUGGGAGAUGUGGCACCCUACGCUUAUCGCCGAGGCUCUAUUCGCAAUCGCCAACAUCUUCAGCUCUCUGCGUCUCAUCUCUCUAUUCACCGCCAACUCUCACUUGGGCCCACUGCAGAUCUCUCUUGGCCGCAUGCUCCUGGACAUCCUCAAGUUCCUUUUCAUCUACUGUCUGGUGCUGCUGGCUUUCGCCAACGGCCUUAACCAGCUCUACUUCUACUACGAGACGAAGGCGUCCGAAGAGCCCAACCACUGCAAAGGGAUCCGCUGUGAGAAGCAGAAUAAUGCCUUCUCUACGCUGUUUGAAACUCUUCAGUCUCUCUUCUGGUCUGUGUUUGGGCUGCUGAAUCUGUACGUCACUAACGUGAAGGCUCGUCAUGAGUUCACCGAGUUUGUGGGGGCCACCAUGUUCGGCACUUAUAAUGUCAUCUCACUGGUGGUGCUGCUGAACAUGCUCAUCGCUAUGAUGAACAACUCUUACCAACUCAUUGCUGAUCACGCAGACAUCGAGUGGAAAUUUGCUCGUACCAAGCUGUGGAUGAGCUACUUUGAUGAGGGAGGCACGUUACCACCACCCUUCAACAUCGUACCCAGUCCAAAGUCCGUGUGGCACCUGUGUGUGUGGCUGCACUGCCGUCUGUGUGGACAUGGAGAGCCCAGACACGAGGAGGAGUGUAAACACGAAAACCUCAAAGAGUUCACGGAAAGGCAUGCUGAUAACCUCAUUCAGAACCAGCACUACCAGGAGGUGAUCAGAAACUUGGUAAAGCGAUAUGUUGCAGCCAUGAUCCGCAGUGCCAAAACAGAUGAAGGGCUGACAGAGGAGAACUUCAAGGAACUUAAGCAGGACAUCUCCAGCUUCCGCUACGAGGUUCUUGACCUUCUGGGCAACCGUAAACCACCACGACGCACAUAUUCUUCUAGUAGCGAGGCCACUCAGCAGGACGAAGUAGCUGAGCCCGAGGAAGAAGAGGACUCAGAGAGUGAUGGGCUUGGAGAACUCAGAUGUGGGGAUGGAGGAGAGUCGUCCAGAUCCAAAGCAUCUACAUCCUUCUCCCAGUGUUACAGGAGAAACAGAGAGUCCCAGUUCAGCGUAUCGGCUCUCUUCAAGUCCAUGUCGGGACCAGCCAGGGAACACCCGGAAAGCAAUGGCUUGAGAAACAACAUACCCCACUCGUCUGCAUUUGUGCGGACCAGCAGCCGCCUGCAGCGCUUUUCGCGCUCCAAGAAAAACUCUUUGCAUCGUUUGGGAAUGCUAAUGUCACGAAUGAAUGGACAUAUCCCAGACCAACAUGCAGAGACCCCGGGAGAUCAGCAACCUGCAUACAGCAUCUCAGACCAAUUACCGCAAACAUCUUGGCAAGGUCCCCAGGUUCUGUCAAAGGUAACUCGGAGCGAGAUGCACCUGCACACGCUGGGAACUGAACAGGACCCAACGCAGGCCACAUCUCAACGGGCAAACGGCAGGGACAGUCUCAUCCUCCGGCCGCCCAGCCACUCGCUGCCCCCUCUGCACUGUGCUUCCAGCCUGACCACUUCCAGUGCUCAGCUAUUGGCCUCCAGUGAUGAUUUGUGCCAUGGCUGGAUGGGACCCUGUGACAGUUUGGGCUCCUCCAGCUGGGAACAAGAGGAGUCAGUUACAACACAGCUGUAGAGGCGAAGUCAGCUCGUUACCAUGUUUCACAGCUACCCAAACUAUCAAAACCCUGCUCCUGGAGAGCUAAUGUUCGGCUCCAACCCCAAUCAAACACACCUGAACCAGCUAAUCAAGGCCUUCAGGGUUACUUGAUGGUUAUAGGGAGGAGCGUUAGAACUGAUGUAUGAAGGAUGGUAGUUCCCCAGCAGCGGGGGUUGGAGAUCUCUGGCUGAAGGUGACUGGUUCGAAGCUUCAGCAACAGUCAAGGGCCUGUGACACUCAUACUUUAGCAUAUUUAUGCUUUGCACACAUCAGGCCUUAUUCACAUAACACGAGCAAAACGAAUUGUGUGAAAACAUUCGUAACAUCAAUGCAGGUGUCAGUGCGACCAUUCACGCAUCUCCUACCCUAACAAUUAGGGAAAUUUGUUCCACUCGUGUUUCUUGAGUGAGACCACUGGGAAUUUAUAUUCAAAAGUGAAGAAGCCCAUGUAAUUUGUGUGUGGGGAAAAAUAUAUAUUUUACACUCAUUCUGCCAUUGGUUGGACACUACAAAGUAAAGUGAAACUGUGGGCUGCACCUGAAUUCAUACUUUCCUACUCUAUAGUAUAAAGAAAAAAGAAAAAAAAAAAAGGCAUGUGAAAAGACUUCACAGUAGUUAUACAUCCAGUUGACACUUUACUAUAACUUUACCUAUAUGAGUCCUCGGGGGAGGAUUUGUGAAUAGGAAAUAGCAGUGAACUGACGUUGGUAGGUUGCAUAAGUAUACCAAGUCUGGAUUGCACUCAUACUACACACAUUCAUGCUAUAUAGAAGUUCCUAACUUCAGGCUCAUUGAAGAUUUGCAAGGUAUCACCGACGUUAGUAACAGUCUCAUGCAGACAAAUGAAUCUUUGGUUUGGUUUGGAAAGGACUUGCUCAAGGGUCUCACAACUGACAAAAUUGAGGCCGCAACUGCCUAAUUGACUGCCCAUGCCCAAUAAAGGUAGAUAAGGAAAAUAAAAUACUACCAUUACAAAUAGAAAUUGGUUUGAUUCAUAUCCGUCAUUUGGAUUGACAUCCCCUUUUCUUAAAAUGUUUUAAAAUCCAAAAUGAGAGGGUUUUUUUUUUUUUUAGCGUCUUUUGACUACUCCAUUUAUCAAGUAGGUAUUAACAUGUGACCUACAACAUCAGUCGUAUCACUUCCCCAUAAUUGACAAAUCCUCUCACCUGGUCUUACGGGUUAGUAAAAUAUCCAUCUCUGCACACUUCAAAGUAUUAGAAGUAGUAGGCCAUCGAGAGAAUUUGGUCGCGAUGCUGAUUUAACAUUACCUGUCACACACUAUUGGAAGAGGUGCAGGAAUAGCAUUACAUGUUUCAGGAAAUCAGCUUAUGAACAUCUUAAGCUGCAUUUUCAUUGCACAGAACAUUUUAAAUAUGACUUUUGGAAUUUGACCCCUUGUGGCAAUAGCAAUUAAUACAUGAUUUUUAUUUUUAGCAAAAUGUCAGUAUUAUAACUAGCAAAAAUUCCAAAAAAAGCUAAACACUUCUGAGCUCUUUAAAAUAUUUUAUGCGAGUUGCUCGGUUGCACCCUUAAGUGUGUGUACUUGCAAUAUGUAUUAAGUAUUUGAUAAAUGGGAAGGUGUUCAGACGUACCCUUAAGAAAUGUAGCAACCCUCUUGCACAACUUAAUCCAAAUGUAAAAACCUCUGUUUAUUUUGCAAGGGUAUAAGUUAAUUUUUUAAAACCAGAUGCAUUUACUUUUAAAUUACCAUCUGCACCGCAUGCUAAGGUCUGGUGCUGUAACGUCUUUCAUCGUCAACGCUAGUGCAAUAUUUUUGAAAAGCUUAAACUGCAGGCUUGAACGCGUGUACUAUAGAAAGCCCUUUUUAGAGCUCAGAAAGUGGAACCAAUGUAUGAAAAAUGUCUGAUAUUAUGUAAAGUACUUACAGAUCUUUAAUUGACAUUAUUAUAUCAGAAGAUACAGAUAACAGAAUGUGGACCUAAAGAUAUAUGCAUCUUUGUAAUACAGUUGUGUCUACACAAUGUUUAUAAAAGGGCACCAAAUGGUUUCAAAUGAAGCUUAAAAAUAUGCAUCUAUGUGACUGGUAAUAUCUUUUCAUUUGUUUUUCACUGAUGUUUUAUAGCAAUGGUGUCAAAUAGUGAACCGUCUCCUAAAAACACAACGCAUGAUCUAAUAUUUAGAGUUUGCUCAAUACCGGGAGCUUAGUAGAGUUAGUUUUUCCUCAUGGCUGGUCUGUAGACACUGAACCAGUCACGAAUAAUAUAUCAGACUCAUUUGCUGCAUUAAUAACCACUCAUUUGUGUUGCCUCAUUACGGUUAAUUUAAGCUGUAAGUUCUCCACAGUAAAUUCUAAAUGUCUUUUGUAAAAUUUAUUUUCUAACAAAUUAUUUUUCUAUUCUUUUUUGACAUAAAGGUAUGUUUUUUGUUACACUUCAUGUAGGAUUUAUGGGUGAAGAUUUUUUUAUACCUUGAUUUCAAAUAGAGGCUUUAGUGGUUUUCUAAUUCACUUUUGUUUUGAGGUCUCAUGAACAAAAUAAAUCUCAUCUGGGUUAACGUC